AUGCAUUUAGCCAACCAGAUCAGCACUCUAGUGGCUGCUAAGUGCACCAGCAAGCUGCAGAUUACAGACAGUGACUUCAGCAAACAAUUCAAGUCACUUGUCAAAAGAAAGCUUCAGCAACUCAGGCAUGACUUUCAGCAGAAGUAUCAGCAAGAUGCUGCCUGGAAGGUUGGCAGUUUGGAGAUACUUGAGUCUGUGGUCUUUGCCCAGGAGGAGAUGAGCAAGAAGAACCUUGAGGAUGAAUGGGUUCUUAAGGCAGCCAUCAGAAAUGGCAUCUUGGGCUACAUCCCUUCAGGAGGCAAGCUUCAGAAGGUCACUGAGUGCAGCUGGGCUCAAGCAGAAGGCUUUCAGAUGGGAACAAAGAGAAUCCCAUCAGAUUGGUUCAAGGACAGAUUCAGUUGGCUCAGUCCUGAUGGCAAGCCCAUUGAGCCAGACUGGUCUCUUUCAGACAGCGCCUCAGAGAUUGCAGACCUUCAGAGAUGGGACUACCACAGCAAAGAAGAUGAGCAACAUGAUUCAGCAGAUGAGGGCCAACACCUUGAGCUGGUUGAGAUUGAAGGUGAACUUGAAGAGCAGCUUGAGCUCAGUCUUGAGAACUCGCUGAACCUGAGGCUUCACCCAUCCUUGAGGAGAGCUCUGCACAAGAGACUUGCAGACCCUGCUUUUGAGGAGCAGCUGAAGUUGAGGCAACUUGCCAGAGAUGAGCUCAGGAAGGUCACACAGCAGAAGCUUCAGAACCAUAGCAGGAGAGAGAAGAAGAAGAAGAGUUCAGCCAAGAGCAGCAAGGUUGCUGAGAAGAUCACUGAUGUGAAGAAGGCUGAGAAGGCUGAGAAGGCCAAGAAGCCAGCACUUGAGGAGCCACUUCCACUUGAGGAGCAGGUUGAGGAGCAGGCUGAGGAGCAGGUGGACUCAGCUCGUGGCUUCCUUAAGAAGGAGGUUAUAGUCACUUCAGAGGCAGCAGGCAAGUUAGCCUUUGGGCAAGAUGGCACAGCUCAUUUCUGGAGCCCUUCUUCAGGCAGGUACAACAUUUUGACAACUUCAGGCACCUUCAUGGUUUUACCUGAAGAGGUGGAGCUUAAGGUGCCUCAGAAGGUCAAGACCUUUCAGUGGCCUGCCUUCAGGCAGCUCAGUAGGGAGGAGAUGAGGCUCAUGCUUCAGCAGCUGUAUUGCCUUCCUGAGGAUGGCUUAGGUGAGGUUGACCUCUUAGCUGGGGUGCACAAGGACACAGUUCUGCUUGAGGAUCAGCACAUUCAGAUGGGUUGGUCCCUGUUGAGCUGGGCACUUCAGAAGUCAGGUGCAGCCAUACCUUCAGACCAGUUUGGAAUUGUGGAUUCAGCUCUGACCCGCAACAUUGCACUUCAGGUGCAUGUUGAGCACAAGCAGUUUUUGAUUCAGAAGCUGAAGAACCACCUCGAGCGCCAUUCAGUUCUUUGUGUGCCAAUCUUCAGUGAGAAUCCAAGCCAUUGGACUCUGCUGGUUGUGGACCAAAGAUUCAGCCCAGCCCAGUUGAGGUGGUAUGACAGCCUUCAGCAUCAGUCCCAGGAUGCAAUUCAGGCUGCAACCCUUGUGGCAGAGUGGCUUCAGCUGGCUGGGUUUGAGCCCUUGAGAGUGAAUUCAGCCUUCCAGGACAAUUCAGACUGUGGCUGGUGGGUCCUGAAUUACCUUGAGCUGGAGGCCAGGAAGUUGAGAGGUGAGACCAUCACCUUGUGGCCUGCCUCAAGGGCUCAGUACUGGAAGAGUCGCCUUAUCCAGAUUUCAGCAAGCCUUGCAAAGGAGCUUAGCAAGGUUCAGACCCAGCUGGAGAAUGACAUUAAGAAGAGGCAGGAUAAGGAGAAGAAGGCUCAGGCUGCUAAGGCAGCUGCUGAGGAGAAGCUGAGCAGCAUGAAGAACAAGGAGUCAGCAGCUGCAGCCAAAGCCAAGGAGCUCAUUGAGACCAAUUCCUUAAGGGUCACAUGGAAGGAUCUCACCCUUGAGGAGAAGCACCAAAUCAAGAGCCUUCAGGGGGCCCCUGAGGAGACCCAGCUUCAGGCAGAGAUUGGUCGAGCUCCUUCAGAAGAGUCUUCUGGCAAGAGGAGGAAGCUUGAGAACAAGGAAGUUGAGAAUCAGGAGCAGGCCAUCUUCAGCCAUGCUGAGAGCUUUCAGAUGACCAUUGACAGCUACGCUGAGGAGAAGGUUCAGCAGGAGAAGGAGUUGAAGGUGCUGUGGGUGGAGCCCCCCUGGGCUGCGGACUCCGUGCUGGCGGGCGGCCUCACAGAUCGCAGCCGCUGGAGCUUGAGCGCUCGCAUGUGGCAGAGGCUGACUCGCUGCUCUUGCUGCCUGCCCUUCCUGUGCGCGACGCGGCGCGGCAUCGCCACAGGGGGUGGCCGCGGCGCACCCCGGCGCGACGCAAAGCGCCCAAAGGCCAAGCGGCUGACGCACUUCGUGUCCCUGCGGAUGGGGGAAGAGGUGCGGCAGGCGGCUGUGCAGCUCCAGAAGGAGAUGCUGGAUCGGACGGGUGAGCUGCGAGGCGAAGUUGAGAGGUGUUUGAUCCCUCCUAGCAAGCUGCACCUGACCAUGUUCCUGCUGAGCCUUCCAACCUCAGAGGAUGUAGAGGCAGCCAAAGCCAAGCUGGACAAUGUGGCGGCUGCCGGGGCAGGCUUUAGCUUCAAGUUGCAGGGCCUCGACUUCUUCCCUCAGGGCGUGCUCUUCACGCGCAUCAGCGAGGAUACCGCUUCCCCCCUGCGGGCGCUCCGGGGGCGCUUGGAGGCCGCUUUUGAAGGCACGCCGGCGACGCCAGAGGAGUCCGUGGUGAGUCUGCCCUCGGCAUUAUCGCCAGCACCGCCCGAGGUGCCCUCGGAAGUGUCCACGGAGCGCCUCAGCCGAUACAUGACGAAGGUUUUGCGCCACGAUGCCCGGCGCUUGGGCCUGGCAAUGCGCGCAGACGGGUCAGUGGCGGUGCAGGAGCUCUUGGGCUUGCCGUUCUUCCAGCACAACGGCUUCGGCGAGUUGGACGUGGAGAGGGAGGUUCGGGUGAACGGCAAGCAGCGCUUCUCACUUUGGAUGGAGGAUGGCACGAAGCGGGUCCGUGCCAACCAGGGCCACAAGAUGAAAGAGGUCCAGGACUCAGAGCUUUUGUCGCCCAUUCGCUCCGCCACGGAGCUGCCGGUGUGUAUUCACGGCACCUACAUCUCACGCUGGCAUGCCAAGAAGCAGAGUCACGUGGAUGUAUGGUCUGUCAUUAAGACAGAGGGUCUGAAGACCAUGGGCCGCAACCACAUCCACUUCGUGCCGCAUGAGGUGGGCUCGCGCACCGUCAUCAGCGGCAUGCGCCAAGAUUGCACGGUGGCCAUAUACUUGAACGUACCGAAGGCGUUGGAGAAUGGCAUCCAACUCUUUCGGUCAUCCAACAAUGUAGUCUUGACACGUGGCGAUGCCGCUGGGCACAUUCCCCCGGACCUGUUCUUGAAAGCGGUGGAGAUCAAGACCGGCAGAGCACUCUGGCCACAGGAGGAGCAGCCCGGCACUGAUGCCAGUGACGUCUCCGAGGGUGAGGAUGGCUGGACGCCCCACGUGACGCUAGCAAAAUGCCGGCGCCGCAAGGGCACGAAAAGCAUCCCAAAGAGCUGCUGGGAGGCCCUUCGGGAGGUGGACUUGGGGAUGGUGGAGGCCAGAAGUUUGCACCUGUGCCAGCUGAAGGGCGACAAGGAGACAGGCUACUACGUGGUCGACCACGAGGUGUCCUUGUGACCUUUGCUGAAGCUCAGCGUGCCGAGGUCGUGAACAAUGACGAAAUGCGCGACCAGCGCAGGCUGCCGAAAUGCGCGACCAUCCGCAGGCUGCCGCUCCUUCUGGGUGGGAGUUAAUACCCGGACAAGGACUUCCACUUGUCGUUUCUUGUUGUUCAAAGGGUGGCGAUGCGCAAGAAGCAAGAAGGCUCCGCGCCUUUGCAGCUUGCUCGGCUCCUUUUGCUUUCAAGUGCAGGUUUGAAGUCAGCCGCGCUGAGUG